AAGCAUUUCAUUGGUUGAGAAGAAAUUGCCGGAAGAUUUGAAGGCUUUAAUUUUGUAAACCUACGAAAAUAAAAUACAAUUUCAAGCAAAUAAUGCCACCAAUGCGUCCACAAAGAGGAAAGACACCCAAGAAGAGGGGAAAGAGUCCCAACAACACAGAUGUGGUGGAACCAGUGGAGGUAUAUUGCAGAGUUAGACCUCUGGAUAAUCCCUCUGGCAAUGUAUGCCUCAAAGUGGUCAACCCUGAGGCAGUCAAUCUAAUCUCAACUGAGAGUUCCCUGGCAUUUGCCCGUACUGGUCAACUUAAAGAAGUUCAGUACAAAUUCCAACAAGUUUUUGAUGAAGUUACUUCACAAAAAACAAUCUUUGACCAUGUUGCCCUACCACUUGUGGACGAUCUGGUGCAUGGAAAGAAUGGCCUAUUGUUCACAUAUGGAAUCACAUCAUCUGGAAAGACCUACACUAUGACAGGAACUCCCCAGGAUCAAGGCAUCCUGCCAAGAUGCCUGGAUGUGCUCUUUAACACCAUUGGAGGAUUUCAGAGCAAGAAAUAUGUGUUCAAGCCGGACAGGAUGAAUGGUUUUGAUGUACAGACGGAGGCUGAUGCUAUGAUGGAAAGGCAACGCAGAGACAUACUGCCAGCCCUUACACCAAAGACCCCUGGUUCUGGUAGACAAAAGAAAGAGUUUGAGUUUGUGCGUGACACGGGGCGUUUAGCAGACCCGACAUGUGUGUCAGAUAUUGAUGAAGACAACACAUAUGCGGUGUUCGUGUCGUACAUAGAAAUCUACAACAACUAUGUCUAUGAUCUGUUGGAAGAACUUCCCUAUGACAACAUCACCGGAUACAAGCCACCACAAUCCAAGAUUCUCCGUAACGACUCCUAUGAAAACAUGUAUGUGAUGAGUUGUACAGAAGUUGAGGUGAAGAGUCCGGAGGAGGCAUUUGAGGUCCUCUUUAAAGGUCAGAAGAGACGAAAGGUUGCCCACACGUGUCUGAAUGCUGAGUCGAGUAGAAGCCACAGUAUAUUUAACAUCAGACUGGUUCAGGCCCCGCUUGAUUCCUGUGGACAAGAGGUUAUCCAGGAUAGUGACAAGAUCUGUGUCAGUCAGCUUUCGCUCGUGGAUCUGGCUGGUAGUGAACGGACAAAUAGGACUAAGAACCAGGGCGACCGACUGAAAGAAGCCAGUAACAUCAAUCAGACACUGAUGGCGCUCCGUAACUGUCUGGAGCUGCUCAGGGAAAACCAGAAAUCUCCGGGAAAUCCCCGCAUGGUGCCAUACCGCGAUUCCAAGCUGACCCACUUGUUUAAGAACUACUUUGACGGGGAUGGUAGAGUCCGCAUGGUCAUCUGUGUUAACCCCAAGGCGGAGGAAUACGACGAGACCGUGCAUGUGAUGAAGUUUGCUGAGAUAUCUCAAGAGAUCAUGGUUCAGCGAUCACAGCAAGUUAAGUUCGACCUCGGCUUUACACCAGGACGCCGUCGCCUUGGAGAGAAGAUACGAGAGGAGCAACUAAGAGAGGCGGAGAAGAUAAAGAUUGAACAAGAUAUAGUCCCUCCUCCAGGGCCCUGCAUGGUCUACGAUCUCGGACCUGAAUUUCCCAACCUGCAGAUGGUGGACUAUACAGAUUCUGCGACUCUUAUUAAUCUCAUCGCUUUCCUAGCAGAACGAGACAGCAAGAGGCAGGCACUAGCUGCUGACUUUGAAACAAAAUGGAGCAAUUUCCGGGGCCGUUUAGUGGGAUUCGAGCGUGACUAUGAACAACUUCAAGAGCGUAAUGAGGAACUUGAAAACCAGAUGAAACGUCAGGGGUCGUCUUCCACUAAAUUUGAAUCACGUUGCCGAUCCCUGGAGGCAAGAUUGGCGGAUGUGCAAGCACAGCUAGAUGACGCACACAGGAUGAGGCGGGAAUAUGAGGCUAAGCUUGGUGACAAAGAUCUGAAGUUAUUACAAGAAAAACAUGAGAAGGAAAGACUGCGAGAUAAUUUUAAACAACGACUAGAAAUGAACAACAUUCACUGGGAAGACAACUUGGACAAAGAAAAGCGUAAGAUUGAGCAGCAGCUUGGUGCUCAGUUAGAAGAGAAGGAAAAAAGGUUUAACAUGAUGAAGGAAGUCCUGGAGACAGACACCCCAACGGCCAGACCUAGGACAUUUAAGACUCCCGCCCCAGCCCCAAAGACACGGACAUACACAACGCCUGGGAUGAUUCAGUCUGCCAGGUCUGAAAGUGACGUCUCCAGUGUGGGGCUCCCCACCCCUCGUAGCAGAACAAACACCGUGUCUACUGUGAAGCCCUGGGGUUAUGGAGGGGGUAAGAGUGCUACCAAGAGACCCCCACCCAAGACCCCAGUGGCCACACCAAGAGCUAUACCGCAGUACAGUUUGAGACACCGACGUUCCAGGUCGAACAACGAGACCUGGCUGGACCAUCGACCACAGGGAAGUCUGGAUCUGGACACAGUGUUACAGCCCACUUUGAAAAAGAAGAAAUCAGUCUCAAAGCUGGAACAGAAGGACACAAAGACAGCCACAAAAUACAUGUUGACCCACCAAGAUGUUGGCUCCGAUGGCGAAUUUCAGACCAAAUACUUCAAGGGGGAUGUUUUGCCUACCGCUGGCGGGGGCACGCAGGUCGUAUUCAACGAUGUUGAGGUUCACAAACAGCGCGAACCCGGGACACGUAAACGUCGCUCCAGUUGCCCACAGCCUUCAGACUUUGAUGGUGAAUGGACGGACCCUGAGGAACGAUGUGCAAUCGCAAUUGAGGGGCACAGAAGAAAGAGAAGCAAGCCAUCGCCUGAGCUAGUAUCUCACGUUUAAUGAUAUCAGACGAAGUCGCCACACACCAGAAUCCAGAGUGUAAAUAUAGUUGGUCUGCUGAGAUCAGUUGUACUGUUUGGUGGAAUGAAGUAAAGAAAUUAUCAAUGAAUAUGCUAGAAUGUGUAAAAGGGCAAAGACUUAUCAAUCUCUUUUUUCAAUGUGAGUUGGAAUUAAUAUUGCAAACAGUUGGCUUGUGGAAUGAACACGUGUAUAAUUUGGUAGAUUAAAAAUCAAAUUGUAUAGAAAAAUGCUAGAAUGUAUAGAAAGGUUUACUUGUACGAAAAAAGCAAAUAGUUGUCAUCUUAAAUAAAAAUUUGUACAGUGAAAGGGAUAAAAUAGUGUGUUGAAUAGAUCCAGGUAUACAAAUGAAUUUCUUUAACAUUAAUGAUAUUUAGUGGGAAUGUUUGGAUCUGUGUAAAUGUUCUAUAUAAAAAAAACUGAUUUUUUUUUUUAAAUUAUGGGUGAUCUUGGAAAAGGUUAAUUGAACCAAUUUGCCUAUGCCCAUCAUCAUGUAUGUGUGGUUAUGUAAUAUAGCAAUAUUAAGAAGUGUAGAUAGACGGAAUACAUGAAGAAUACAACUUAUAUAACAUGCAUGUAGAAAGAUAAUAAUCAAUAUAUCAAUUUUAGUUUUUAAAAUAUCUAUUUUUUUAUGUACUUAUGUAAUUUUAGUAAAAACAAAAACAAAACAACAACAACAAUUUAUCGGAUACAAUAGAAUUUAUUAACUGUGCGUUUUUGAAUAAAAGUGGCACAUUCAUGUAGGUAAAAUGGAAGUAUUUUUGGCCCAAAUUUCCUGAACAAGCAUAAGGCCCUUGCUAAGAUCAGUAUUCUUUGUCAUUUAUUUUUCUCUUAAAGUAUCAUUUGUGUAUUCGUCUAUUUCUAAAGAUGAUGAUGAUGAUGAUGAUCUACCUUUUUGUUAUGUUAAAUCAAGUAUAACCAAGUAAUUUAGCUAAAUUACAUAAGUUAUUUAAACCUGCUAUGCUUAAGGUGUUCAGAGAAGUUAGUUCUAUUGAUAUUUUUCAUGUGAUAAACCGCUUAUAUCUGUAAAUAAAUGAGCUUAAUAAUUUUUAACUUUUAAGAAAUAGUUUCUCAUAACCUAAAGAUUAUGUAUACUUUAUUGAUGUAAAGUAUUUUUAUAGUACUUCUUGAUCUUCAAUUCAUUCGUUGUUGUUUUUGGCACAUUUGUAACUAUUUACCUCAUAAAAGUGUGAAGAAAAACUAUAUUUAGUCAAUCUACUUAAAUUAUUAAGAUCUCCUUCUUUAACAUGAUCUCUUAUCAAUUGAUUGUGAACAAAAUCGAAAAACUACAAGUGUAAUUGUAGAAUUAACAGAAAUUAACACAGGAGAUCUGUGUUUUUUUCAUUUUAAUAGUACAAGUACUAUUCAUUGUUUUUUCACUGUUUUUGGAUUGCCGUUGGACUGGGGCUUUUCUUAUUGGGAAAACUCUCUUAUUGUUUACUCAAAUUUGAAAUUCCAAUUUUGCCUUUUCUGAUUUUGCCCAUAAACCAUCCCUUCAACUCAAUAUAAGAUUAUUUAUUUUACAUGUUUUUUUGCCAUUAUACUUUUCAACAGUAAAACAUAGGAGCAUUUUUUAGUACCGUAACUACAUGGGUAAUCAUAAUGAGUUAUCUCUCAUAAAUUAGCAAUAACAUAUAAUAUAAAAGGAGCAUAUUUCUAGUAACUUCUCUACAUUUCAUGAUUUUAUCCAAACGAUACCUGAUUUUUUUUUACUACCGGUAGUAUUAGUUUAAUUUUAAUUAAUUAUCCCUCAUAUAUAAAUGAGAUACAAUGUGAGUAAUUUAUCAAAGAUAAGUAAGAUCUGAUGAUUAUUCUUAACAUUACCAAGGGAUGAGAAGUUGUACAUAAUGUAAAUAUUUAGUGUAGAAAUGUAUUAUACGUGAUUUUUAUCUGGUCUGAUUUUCAAAGAAAAAGUUCAGGUAUUCUCAAAACUAGUAUAGUACCCGCCAUCAGCAUGCAAAGAAAACUCAAAGCUCAAAAACAAGUCAAUAUAUUUUCAUGAAACUUGGUAUAUUUUUUACCAAUGUCAAUAAGCAAAUAUAUAAGCGACACUCCUGGCUUAAGUAAUUGCAAUACCCUCACCGCGUUUGAAGUAGUCAAACUGAAGUCACUUUACUGUGUCUGUUGUUCUUGUCAGUUGCUUGAUACUUUUUCAUUGCCUUUGUUUGAAAUAAGAGUUAUAGCCCUUGAAAUAUUCAUAAAUAUUCUAAUGUUAAGGUCAUUUUGGUGGCAGUCAUCACUCCUGUGAUAGAUCUAGCUAUUAUAAUAUACGGUAAUUCCAUUUGGUCAUUGUAAAGCAACUGGCAAGAGUAGACAUCUGUAUUGCAUGAGCUUCUUAAAUAUUUGAUUGAAUUUAAGGUAAUCCACCCAUCAUUUUGAUACAAAGAUGUGCAAGUUCAUAUUAAUUGUUCAAGGUUAUUUUU